CACCUCCUGGAGCGCUCGUGGUACGCGGUGACCGAGACCUGCUUGGCCUUCACCGUGUUCAGGGACGACUUCAGCCCCCGCUUCGUCGCCCUCUUCACCCUCCUCCUCUUCCUCAAGUGCUUCCACUGGCUGGCUGAGGACAGGGUGGACUUUAUGGAGCGAAGCCCCAACAUCUCGUGGCUCUUCCACUUCCGGAUCGUCUGUGAGUUUUGGGAUCGGUUUUGGGGUCAUUUGGGCCCCUCAUUUGCAUGUGGGCCCCAAUAAACCCUCAUCAGGGGGGGCCCCUUAACGAGGGGGGGGGGACCCCAAAGGCAGAGAUCCCC